GUAACAAUUUAUUUCUUAAUCGGGUUUAGGGUUUCUCAGAGUCUCAGCACAAGAUAUACUCUUCUAGGUUUUUAAAGCAGCUUCUUCUCUCUCCGUCUCUCUCCGUCUCUCUCUCUGAUCUCUCUCCCUCCCUCACACCCUAAAAAGCAGCAACAAUGGCCGUUACCUUUUCAGAUCUACACACAGAGGAGGGUGUCAAAUCCGUGGAGGAGCACCUCGCCGGAAAAACCUACAUCUCCGGAGAUCAAUUGUCUGUGGAUGAUGUUAAGGUUUACGCUGCCGUUCCAGUGAAACCCAGCGAUGCUUUCCCUAAUGCUAGCAAGUGGUACGAGUCCGUGGCUUCCCAUCUUGCUAAAAGCUUCCCUGGAAAGGCCGUUGGAGUGCAAAUCGGUGGCUCUGCUGCUGCUCCAGCUGUUGAGGCUGAGGCACCUGCAGCUGCAGCUGAUGAUGAUGAUGACAUUGAUCUGUUUGGUGAUGAGACCGAGGAGGAAAAGAAAGCUGCAGAGGAGAGGGAGGCUGCUAAGAAGGACACCAAGAAGCCUAAAGAGAGUGGAAAGUCCUCUGUGCUUAUGGAUGUUAAGCCAUGGGAUGAUGAGACCGACAUGAAGAAACUGGAAGCGGCUGUUCGUGCUGUUGAAUUGCCUGGUCUUUUAUGGGGAGCUUCAAAACUUGUACCAGUUGGUUACGGGAUCAAGAAACUAACGAUUAUGCUCACCAUUGUUGAUGACCUCGUGUCCCCGGACAACCUCAUUGAAGACUUUCUCACCUCAGAGCCUAACAACGAGUACAUCCAGAGUUGUGACAUUGUCGCAUUCAACAAGAUUUAGAGACUUCAAACCUCUCCUUACAAAAACAUAUUUGGUUUUCAAGUUUUGUUUUCGUUUGUGUUGUUUACCGAGAUGUUUCUCUUUUAGUUGCAAGACCUCUUUCAUGUUACAAUAACACUAAAUUAUCAAU